AAGAGUUGUCGUCUUCGUUGGAUUAAUUAUCUCAGGCCUGACCUUAAACGUGGAGCUUUCUCUCCUCAAGAAGAAGAGCUCAUUGUCCACUUGCAUUCCCUUAUUGGCAACAGGUGGUCUCAAAUUGCAUCACGCUUGCCUGGACGAACGGACAACGAAAUAAAGAAUUUUUGGAACUCUACAUUGAAGAAAAGGUUAAAAAACAACAUUUCUUCCUCACCCUUCAACAGCCAUGAAUCAUCGGAUCCAAGAUUGGACAUGAUGUUUGGAGGUUUAAUGUCGAUGCAAGAACACGACAUCGUGAGCAUGAACAUGAGCAUGGAUUCAUCAUCCACCUCCUCGUCAUCUUCCCAACUUCCAGUGUCCAUCACAGGACACAACUCCUUCGAUGCUCCAACCAUGCCUUUCCUAGACAACAACUUCGAAUUGGCCGGGGCUGCCAACGGCUUUCUACAGGCACCGGGAGGGCGCUUGGCAGAAGUCGGAAUGGGAAUGGAAAUGAGGAUGGAAGAGAGAUUCAGCUAUGGAAGUUUGGAGGCUCAAAGAUCAAUGGAAAUGGAAAGGGAUGUGGCAUGUCUUCCACAUGAAGAGAUGAACUGUCCAUUAAUGAAUAGUAGAGGCAAUUUUGAUCAAUAUUUGGGAACAAAUGAGCAAAAUUUGAAUGUGGAGGAGAUUUUUGGAGACAUGGGAAGCCAUGGACAAUUACAAGAAAGCUUGAAGAUGGGUAAUGAAUGGGAUUUGGAGAGUUUCAUGCAAGACAUACCCUCAUUUCCUAAUUUCCUUUGAUUUUACAACUUUACCCUCUCUCUAA